AUUGGUUGUUCAACCACCGGAAGUGGAGUGCUGCCAACUCUUUUCUUCGGGCGCCGUGGCGCUCCGUGGCUGAAGCUGCCGUCGGUGGUUGAUUUCGUAUGAAGCGUCUCGGCGUUGGGCGCAGGGCGGACAUGGACACACACACAACGAGGUGAUUGUUGGAGCAUAAUGGAGCCAUGAAAUAACAGGAAAGGUGUUUUAGAAGAAUCGUUUGAGUGAUGUGAGAAAGAGAGAAAAGAUGCAGACUUUCCAGCUGUAGGUCUUAUGAGGACAUGAUGCCCAGACGGGGGUUCGCCUUCCAGGGACGGGUCCGCUGGCUCUUCCUGGGCCUCUUCCUGCUCCUGGUGCUGAUGCUGUUUGCGUACCUGCUGGAGUGCACGCCGCCUGCAGACGUCAGCCAUGUCCUGCCCGGCUUGGCGGGGGAGGCCUACGGGAAGGAGCACUACCAGGCUCUGCUGCAGGAGCACGAGGAGCGCCACCUGAGCCGAGCUUCCAGCCUCAAGCGUCAGAUCGCCCAGCUCAAGCAGGAGCUCCAGGAGAUGAGCGAGAAGCUGAAGCUGAUGCAGGAGAAGAAGGAGCCCCCCGGGGUGCAGGGCCUGGGGGAGAACAAAGACCAAGAGCCGGGGGACCUGCUGGAGUUCCUGCACUCUCAGAUCGACAAGGCAGAGGUCAACAGCGGAGCGCGGCUGCCCAGCGAGUACGCCCUGGUUCCCUUUGAAAGCUUCACCUCCUCCAAGGUGUACCAGCUAGAGAUGGGGCUGACGCGGCACCCCGAGGAGAAACCUGUGCGCAAAGACCGCAGAGAUGAGUUAGUGGAGGUCAUGGAGGCUGCGCUGGACAUCAUCAACAACCCUGAUGACGAGGACGGGGUGGAGGACGACGUCCCCAUGCAGAGGCAAACCUACACAGACAGUCACUUUAUGGAAGGAUUAUACAGGACGGAGAGAGACAAGGGGACGCUUUACGAGCUGUUCUUCGCCAAAGAGGAUUCCAGCAGCUUCCGUCACGUCACGCUCUUCAGACCGUUUGGGCCGAUAAUGAAAGUCAGGAGCACAACCGUGGAAACAUUAGGAAUGAUCAUCAACAUCAUCAUGCCGCUGGCGGGCAGGGUCGAUACUUUCUCACAGUUUUUGCAAAACUUCAGGGAGGUGUGCAUUCAGCAGGACAAACGGGUUCAUCUUACCGUGGUUUAUUUCGGACAGGAAGGUCUGCAGGAGGUGAAGUCAUUGUUGGAAAAAAUGUCAAGAGAGGAGAGCUUCUCUAACUACACCCUCAUCCCUGUGGACGAGGAGUUUUCUCGCGGCCGGGGUUUGGAUAUCGGAGCCCACGCGUGGAAGAAAGGCGACGUCCUGAUGUUCUUCUGUGACGUGGACAUUCGUUUCUCCCUGGACUUCUUGAACACGUGUCGUCUACACGCCUCCCCCAACAAGAAAGUGUUCUACCCGGUGGUGUUCAGUCUGUAUAAUCCCGCCAUCGUUUAUGGAAGUUUGGAGCUGGCUCCACCUAUUGAACUGCAGCUGAUUCACAAAAAAGAUGCAGGAUUUUGGAGAGAUUUUGGAUUCGGAAUGACGUGCCAGUAUCGCUCUGAUUUCCUAAACAUUGGUGGAUUCGAUCUAGAGGUCAAAGGCUGGGGCGUGGAAGACGUCCAUUUGUACAGGAAGUACCUCCGGAGCGACCUGAUCGUGAUCCGGACGCCGGUGUCCAGCCUGUUCCACCUGUGGCACGAGAAGCAGUGCGCGGACGAGCUGACGCCGGAGCAGUACCGCAUGUGCAUCCAGUCCAAAGCCAUGAACGAGGCCUCCCACUCCCACCUGGGCAUGCUGGUGUUCCGGGAGGAGAUCGAGGCCCACCUCCGGAAGCAGGCCUUCAAGACUCAGAGCAGGACAGAGGACUGAGCAAAGGACAUUCCUAAAGGAGACUGAAGGCGCGUUUACAUGGAUCCUUCUGCUUCUUUUUAUUAACUGCACAGCUGUAGACGGAUGAAUGUAGAAAAAUGUGAAACGUGGCACAAAAAUAGAAGCCUUACUGAAGCGGUACAGCCGCGGGAAACAAUCAGCAGUAUUAUAGGAAAACCUUGGAGACAGUGUUAGGAUUCUGGGAACGAGAUUUGGAAUCCGUAAGUUAGGAUUUAACGAAGAGCAUCAGAGCCUGGUCUCUUCAACGCCGCUUUGCUGCUUCGCUUCUGAAUGUGAAACAUGUCAGCAGCUUCUCAGUACCUUCAAACACGCUGAGGAUAGAUUAGCAGAACGUACCCAACAAUGUUUGGAACGGAUGGUCAGAUCAGUUAGGAAGGGAUCACAUUCUUCUUAUUUAUUGAGCAUGAGAACAAGGAGGGGUUGCACUUUUUCUCAGCGGAGAUUGAAAUAUAUUCUGACCACUUGUGGAGGUGAAGCAGGAAACCUCCAGCAAAAAGGCUUCGUCUCCUUUAGGAGCUGAAAAAAUACUUUUUUUUUUAGAAGAUUUUUGGCUUGUUUCAAAUUUGAAUCCAAAAUACAGAUCUUAAAAGAUUCGUCACUCACCAUUCCUGCUUAAUAUGGCUGUUAUGUUUAGCUAGCUGCUUUUUGUCAAGAUUCUCUCUUCAUUCGUUUAUGUUGCUGGUCAGAAGUAAGGUGUUUACCUUCAAAUUUGGGAUUUUAAAGAUCUAUAUGACCAUUUUUAUGAGCAGUUCAUCAGUUUGAGUUUAUGGUGGAUUUCUUUUGACACAUACAUGGACUAAAAUGUGGGAAAAAGGUCAUUAUUUCUUAGUGGAACUGGUUUUCCAUCCAUUAUCUUCAUGCUAGGCUUAUUGGACUGUUUCUAACCAGUAGUGAUGUGUUUUAUGGGUCUAUAGGUCCAAACAGCAAAGCUUUGGUUUACAGAGGAGGUUGAAGGACGAUUUCCUUCAUUAGUCCAUCCAAUUUGUGCAGAAGAAACCCAGAGCAUCCUUUAAUCCAUGCAUCUCACAAGUG